UUAGCUCCUCAUUACCAACCAACCAUGAGCUCCCAGAUUGGUCAGAAUUAUUCCACCGAGGUGGAGGCCGCCGUCAACCGCCUGGUCAACAUGCAUCUGCGGGCCUCCUACACCUACCUCUCUCUGGGCUUCUAUUCCGACCGUGACGAUGUGGCUCUGGAGGGCGUGGGCCACUUCUUCCGCGAGUUGGCUGAGGAGAAGCGGGAGGGCGCGGAGCGCCUCUUGAAGAUGCAAAACCAGCGCAGCGGCCGCGCCCUCUUCCUGGACGUGCAGAAGCCGUCCCAAGAUGAGUGGGGUAAAACCCUGGACGCCGUGGAAGCCGCCCUGCUUCUGGAGAAGAACUUGAACCAGGGCCUUUUGGAUCUGCAUGCCCUGGGUUCUGCCCGCACAGACCCCCAUCUCUGUGACUUCCUGGAGAAUCACUUUCUAGAUGAGGAGGUGAAACUCAUUAAGAAGAUGGGCGACCAUCUGACUAAUCUCCGCAGGCUGUCCGGCCCCCAGGCCGACCUGGGCAAGUAACUCUUCGAAAGACUCACCCUCAAGCACGACUAGAAGUCUCUGGAGCCCAGCAGCCUUUGAGAGGGUCCCUCUGGCAUUCCCCCCAGAUGUCAGGGCUUGUGCCUGAGUCUCUCCUUGCAGCCACUAGGCAGCUUUUUAGCCAACCUAGAGCCCUCUCCCAAGCCGUGAACCAAAUGAAAACAAUAAAGUUUUUUGCAGAAAAAAAAAAAA